AUGUCCGGCCCAUUACCCAAGCCCAAGCUGCGCGGCGGCCUGAUUGCGAGCGCCUUUGGCGCCGUCAUCAUUGUCGGCGCCCUCACCGGCGCGCAGCUCAAAUCCGACCACCAAAAGACCGAGUCAAUCAAACACUUUCGGGCCGACGUACCGGCGCAGCAAAUAGCGAUCCUGCAAGAGCAACGAAAACACCUGCUGUAUCAGCGCGCGCAAAUCGAUCGCAAAAUAGAAGUCUUUCAGCAGCGCCUUGUAGAGCGCGAGGAAGAAAAGGUCAAACGAGAAAAAUAA